AGUACUCAACUACUCCUCUUGGCCGAAUCCUGCGCUGAGGAGCACCUCUCGCAUCAAUGGAUUUGCGUAAAUGGGUUUGGAGUGUGUGUGCUGCGUUUGGCUUGGUGCUCACUGUUAGUGAACGUUCGCACUGUGAGAUAACCUGGGAGGUUCCUCGCUUUGAUGGCUGGUACAACAGUCUGGGACAUCCCCGACGCGGAGCUGUCGGUACUCAUCUGAUGCGCCUCGUGCCCGCGCAUUACUGGGACGGAGUCUACCAACCUGUCCAGGAGCCGCUGCUUCCAAACCCCCGCAGACUGAGUAGGCUGCUGGCGGAGGGGCCCUCGGGUCUGCCCUCCACACGCAACCAGACCGUGCUCUCGCUUUUCUUUGGUUAUCAUGUUACAUUUGAAAUCUUUGACUCAAGAACUCCUGGUUGCCCACCUGAGUUCAUGCACAUCCCAGUCCCAAAAGGUGACCCUGUCUUUGACCCUACCGCCUCCGGGAAAGUCCUCCUGCCCUUCCAAAGAGGACCAUGGGACAAAGAGUCGGGACAGAGUCCCAGUAACCCUCGCAUACAGGUCAACUUGGUGACCGCCUGGAUAGAUGGUAGCUCCAUUUAUGGCCCCUCCACUUCCUGGUCCGACUCCCUGAGAAGCUUCUCUGGAGGCCUCCUCGCUUCAGGCUCUGAGUGGAACAUGCCCAAGAAAGGAGGACGCCAGAUGUGGAGCGCUGCUGAUCCCUCUACAAGAGAAGCUGGAGCACAAGGCCUUUAUGAAAUGGGAAAUGCCUGGGCUAACGAGAACGUGUUCACAGCAGCAGAGGGGAUUAUCUGGUUUCGGUACCACAAUCAUAUCGCCUCCAAACUCCACAACAAUCACCCGGAGUGGUCAGACGAGGAGCUGUUUCAAAACGCCAGGAAGACCGUUGUGGCCACAUUCCAGAAUAUUGCUCUCUAUGAAUGGCUGCCUGCGUACCUUAAUGGCAAAAAGCUUCCUCCUUACCCAGGUUACCAGAAGUUUGUUGAUCCAGGGAUCACGCCUGAGUUUCAGGCUGCUGCCAUACGGUUUGGUAUCACUAUGGCUCCACCUGGUGUUUAUAUGAGAAACAGAACCUGCCAUUUUCGGGAAAUUAUCAACAUCGAUGGGAGCACAUCGCCAGCAAUGCGCCUUUGUAACAGCUUUUGGAAACGUCAGGACGUUAAUAUGAAGAAAAGCCAGGAUGUAGAUGACCUCCUCAUGGGAAUGGCCUCCCAGAUUGCAGAGAGAGAAGAUAAUAUUGUUGUGGAGGACUUGAGAGAUUUUAUGUACGGACCAUUGAGGUUCACCCGGACAGAUCUGGUGGCUAUGACCAUUCAGCGAGGAAGAGACUUUGGUCUGCGGAGUUACACUGAGAUUAGAAAGGCUCUGGAUUUGCCUCCUGUAAACAAAUUUGAGGAUAUUAAUCCUGAGCUCAACCACACCAACCCACAGUUGCUCCACGACAUUGCAGAACUGUACAAUGGAGACAUCUCAAAGCUGGAGCUCUUCCCUGGAGGACUGCUGGAAACUCUUGAUGGGCCGGGUCCUGUUUUCUCCGCUAUUGUGCUGGAUCAGUUUGAGCGUAUAAGAAAUGGAGACCGCUUUUGGUUUGAGAAUAAGCAGAAUGGUGUGUUUACGGCUAAGGAGAUCCAAGCGAUCCGCAGUGUGACGUAUCGUGACGUCCUUAUUGCGGUGACAAGUGCAGAGGCCUCACAUAUACAGAAUAACGUAUUCUUCUGGAAGGAUGGUGACCCCUGCCCUCAGCCCACACAGCUAAAUGCAUCAAUGCUCCAUUCUUGCACUAAUGCCACAAAACUUGAUUACUUUGAUGGGAGCAGGACUGGCUUUGGGAUAUUUAUUAUUGUCUUGUUCCUCUUCCCUGUUGUGAGUUUUCUGGUGGCCUCUUUGGUGGCGUAUCUAAGGAAGUAUCGCUACAGGAAGUUCCAAAGAAGAAGGAAAGCUGGUGACAGAACAGAGGAGCCGGCUGUGGGACUCAGUGCAUACGAGUGGCAGGGUCAUAAAAAACAGUUGCAGCCCGUCAGCGUGGCGAUCGAUAAGAAGCGGAGGCUGCAGGUCUGUGACAGAUCUGGAACUGCUCACCGCUGCAUCAAUCUGCGCAACCAGGACUACCUAGAUGUCCUUCUCUCCAAUGACUGUCAGCAGAAGGCUCUGCUGCUCAAAGUGCCAAAAGAGUAUGACCUGGUGCUGUUUUUUGAUGAAGAGAGCAAACGUAUGGAAUUUGUCAGGCACCUGCACCCGAAGGUGACAGACGUCAGGCCGGAGAUUAGAGUGAGAGAGAUAAGGGAGAAGGGACUGCUGAAGGAGGCUUUGACCAGAGAGCAGAGGGCUCAGAUUGUUGAAACUUUCAUUCGCCACGCUUUCUCCAAGGUCUUGGAAAUAGAGAAGCGUGACGCCGGAGACAUGAGCGGCAUAUCCCACAAGAAAGCCAGGGAGGUUCUCCAGUGUGAGCUGACGGCGUCGGAGUUUGCUGAUGCACUUGGCCUCAAAUCCGAUUCCUUAUUUGUGGACUCCAUGUUUACACUAGCUGAUAAAGAUGGCAAUGGCUACCUCUCCUUUCAAGAGUUUCUGGAUGUUAUUGUUAUCUUUAUGAAAGGGUCUCCAGAGGAAAAAUCCAAACUCAUGUUUUCUAUGAACGACAUUGGCGAAACUGGUUUCUUAUCAAAAGAAGAAUUUGCCAGGAUGCUCAGGUCUUUCAUAGAAAUCUCCAACGGUGCUCUUUCAAAGAGUCAGGCAGAGGACGGCAUCAAGGCCAUGAUGCAGGCCGCGGGCUUUGAUGACAAGGACAAAAUCUCGUGGGAGGACUUUCAUUUCCUGCUGCGGGAUCACGAGAAGGAGCUGCAGUUUGCUCAGCUCAAUGUCAAAGGGAUGGAGAAACAGGGGAAGAAAAAGCUGAGUCGAGACCAGAGAGUGUCCUUCAUUUGUCCGGCAAACAGCAGUGACAAGACAGACGGACCAGAGAUACGCAAGCGGAAAAGGUUAAACGUCCAUACUCCAAAUGUCUACGUGAAGCCAAAGCGCGAGAAGUACAUAAAGAACCCGGUCCAGCAGAAAAUCCAGCAGUUCAAACGUUUCGUUGAGAAUUAUCGCCGUCACAUUGUGUGCUUCAUCAUCGUGUACGGCAUCACAGCUGGUGUUGCACUUGAAAGAUGUUACUACUACGGCUUGCAGGCUAUAUCUACAGGUCUCCCCGAGAUGUCCAUUGUGGGUAUCAUCGUGUCCCGUGGUUCGGCCGCUGCCAUCUCCUUUCUGUUUCCUUACAUGCUUCUCACCGUGUGUCGCAACCUCAUCACGCUCUGCCGAGAGACCUUCCUGAAUCGAUACAUCCCCUUUGACGCUGCCAUUGACUUUCAUCGCUUGAUGGCCAUGAGUGCCAUCAUCCUCUCAAUUGCUCACAGUUUGGGCCACGUGGUCAACAUCUACGUCUUCUCCAUCAGCGACCUUAACAUCCUAUCUUGUCUCUUCCCAAAAGUCGUAUCAAACAACGGGUCUGAACUUCCUCCCAAGUGGUACUGGUGGUUCUUUGAAACUGUUCCAGGAAUGACUGGGGUCUUGCUUCUCUUUGUGGUCGCAUUUAUGUACGUUUUUGCCUCACAUUAUUUCCGUCGCAUCAGUUUUCGAGCAUUUUGGAUCACCCAUUACCUCUAUGUUGCCGUGUACAUUCUUACAGUUAUUCAUGGCAGUUUCGCUCUGCUUCAAGAGCCUCGUUUCUACAUCUACCUCAUCCCACCUGGCCUGCUCUUCCUCCUGGACAAACUAAUCAGCCUGAGUAGGAAGAAGGUGGAGAUCCCGGUUAUCAGAGCUGAGCUGCUGCCAUCAGGUGUGACACAUCUGGAAUUCAAGCGGCCACAGGGCUUUGUUUACCGUUCGGGCCAGUGGGUUCGCAUAGCAUGUCUGAUGUUGGGCACGGAUGAGUACCACCCAUUCACUCUCACAUCAGCUCCUCACGAAGAGACGUUGAGCCUGCACAUCCGAGCUGUGGGGCCGUGGACCAGCCAGCUCAGAGAGCUCUACACCGAGGAAAACCUGCUGGAGCUUGGAGCUUAUCCAAAGCUGUACUUGGAUGGACCUUUUGGUGAGGGCCAUCAGGAGUGGAUUGACUUUGAGGUGUCUGUUCUGGUGGGAGGAGGAAUUGGAGUCACCCCAUUCACUUCGAUUCUCAAAGACCUGGUGUUCAAGUCCUCUGUCAGGUCCAAGAUUUUGUGCAAAAAAGUUUACUUCAUCUGGGUGACACGGACACAGCGUCAGUUUGAGUGGGUGUCAGACAUCAUCAGGGAGGUGGAGGAAAUGGACACUCAGGAUCUGGUGUCGGUCCACACUUAUAUCACUCAGGUGGCUGAAAAGUUCGACCUGCGCACGACCAUGCUGUACGUGUGUGAGCGCCAUUUUCAAAAAGUGUGGAACCGCAGCCUCUUCACCGGCCUCAGGUCCGUCACCCACUUUGGCCGCCCGCCCUUCGUCUCCUUUUUUAGCUCCCUGCAGGAGGUUCAUCCAGAGGUGGGUAAAAUUGGAGUGUUCAGCUGUGGUCCUCCAGGACUGACCAAAAAUGUGGAGAAAGCUUGCCAGCAGAUGAACAAGAGGGAUCAGGCCCAUUUCAUGCAUCACUAUGAAAACUUCUAACUUAUUUACAGAAAGAACAAAACUAGCCAUGUUUAUGUGGUAAGAAUCAUAGAGCCAUGUUGGUAGACUUUAGUUUUUAUUUUAGUUACUUGAAUUACUUGAAGGAUACAACCUGAUACAUUUUAAUCCAAUCAUGAACAUCAUUGUAAAUUAGAAUCAAUAAUGGUAUAUCUUGUGAGAAAUAAUGCACCUUUAAUUUGUCAAAUCAUUUUUAUUCAUUGUGAAUCUUGUGAGUGUUUUUAUCUGAAGUGUAUGGCUGGUUUUAUAUUGUUGAUUUCUCGCUUUAUUGUAUCUGUAUAACUUUAAGAAAUAA